CUCCGUUUCUUCCUCUCCUCCUCCCUCUCGCGCCAAGUCGUCGCCGCCGCCCUCGACGCCACCGUCGCCGCCGUUGGGAAGUCCGGUCUCCGAUGUACCCGAAGAUUGGGAGCCACCACGGCAACCCCGCCGUAGUCCCCGCGGCGGGCCGUUCUUCCUCGUUUCACCACCCCGCCCCUCCCCCUUCCUCUUCCUCUUCCUCAGGAUUGGGCAUCAGGGUUGCUGUGAAACCGGAGUAUCGGAUAACGCCUCCGCCUCAAUUGUUACCACAAAUGGGAGAUAUACCACGAAGCAAGUUUCAGUUUGACUUCGAUUUUGAGAGGAAAGUUCUAGCCGAAUUAGAGAAGGAAAGCCCUGAUUGGAGCAGGCUUGGGCUAGAAAAUCUUCCAUCAAGGAGUUCAGAGGCACUGCCUACAUCAAGUCCUGCAGGGGAUCCCAUAAUCAACAAGUACAUCUCAUCUGGAUUAAGCCGAGAAGCUGUUCCUCUUGCAGUGGCAAACUACGGGGAUAAUCCAACCAAGGUUAGGGAAUUUGUCAAUGGUUAUACUCGCCUGCGCGAGAUGGGGUUUUCUUCAAGCAGUAUCUCCGAGGCCUUGGUCAAGAACAACAACAAUAUGGAUGAAGCAUUGGCUUACUUUCUAAAUAGUUCUUCAUGAGGACUCAAUAGUGGAUAGCUUUAUGUAAUAUAAUCUGUAAUCCGGGGAGACACUUUCUCUGGGAAUAGUUGUGUGACUUUUGUUUGGCUGCAAGUUUGUUCAUGUAAAUGCUGUCCCGUACAUAAAGGACAACGAACAUUCUUUUCUAUGACGAAUGGCAAUGUGACAUUUCUUCCGGGAUCGAAA